GCGGGCGGGCGCUCCGCCGCGUCCCCGCCCGUCGGUCCGCCCGGCCCGCCUGGCUGCAGACGGGGCCUGGGCGACCGCGCGGGGAGCUCCAAGCCUGCGGGCGUCGGGAGGCGUCAGCGCUGCCGCUGGCCCGCGGCGGGGCCCGGAUUGCGAGCCGGCCGGGGCGACGAGGCGGCGGCACCAUGUUCUCCCUCAAGCCGCCCAGACCCACCUUCAGGUCCUACCUCCUGCCGCCGCCCCAGACGGAUGAUAAGAUUAAUUCGGAACCGAAGAUUAAAAAACUGGAGCCAGUCCUUUUGCCAGGAGAAAUCGUCGUAAACGAAGUCAAUUUUGUGAGAAAAUGCAUCGCAGCGGACACAAGUCAGUACGAUUUGUGGGGAAAGCUGGUCUGCAGUAACUUCAGAAUUUCCUUCCUUACGGAUGACCCAAUGCCAUUACAGAAAUUCCAUUACAGAAACCUUCUUCUUGGUGAACAUGAUGUCCCUUUAACAUGUAUUGAGCAAAUUGUCACAAUAAAUGACCACAAGAGGAAGCAGAAAGUCCUAGGCCCCAACCAGAAACUGAAAUUUAAUCCAACUGAGUUAAUUAUUUAUUGUAAAGAUUUCAGAAUUGUCAGAUUUCGCUUUGAUGAAUCAGGUCCUGAAAGUGCCAAAAAGUGGAAAUUUGAUUUUCAACAGUGUUUUUCCCUUUCUCUUUUCAGGGCGUUUCUGAAACAUUCAGCAGAACUUGUGUAUAUGCUGGAAAGCAAGCGUGUCUCUGUGGUCCUCCAAGAGGAGGAGGGAAGGGACUUGAGCUGUAUCGUAGCUUCUCUUGUUCAAGUGAUGCUGGAUCCGUAUUUUCGGACGAUUACUGGAUUUCAGAGUCUGAUCCAGAAGGAGUGGGUCAUGGCCGGAUAUCAGUUCCUAGACAGAUGCAACCACUUGAAGAGAUCAGAGAAAGAGUCUCCCUUGUUCCUGCUGUUCCUGGACGCCACGUGGCAGCUGCUGGAGCAGCACCCAGCUGCCUUCGAGUUCUCCGAGACCUACCUGGCAGUGCUGGGCGACAGCACACACAUAUCCUUGUUCGGCACCUUUCUGUUCAACUCCCCUCACCAGCGUGUGAAGCAGAGCACAGAAUUUGCUAUAAGCAAAAAUAUCCAGUUGGGUGAUGAAAAGGGUUUAAGGUUCCCCUCGGUUUGGGACUGGUCUCUUCAGUUUACGGCCAAGGAUCGCACCCUCUUCCAUAAUCCGUCGUACGUUGGGAAGAGCACGCCUUGCAUGCAGAACGGUUCUGUGAAACCUUUUAAACGGACAAAGAAAACGUACAGCUCCACACUGCGAGGGCUGCCAUCCUCCCCAGAGAACGGAGUCAUCCGUGACCAAGAAUUCCUGCCACGGAGAAGUUCGUUAAUACUGAGAGGGAAGCCCGACCCACUGCAGCCGGCAGGCGGCCAGGACGGUGGCAUGGAGCGCUACUUCCGCGAGUGGUUUGCCCGGCCCGCCGACCCGCACGGCGUCCUGCUGCCCCAGCUCUCUGGAACGCACAUAAAGCUGUGGAAACUGUGCUACUUCCGCUGGGUCCCCGAGGCACAGAUCGCCCGCGGGGGCUCCAUCACCGCCUUUCACAGGCUGUCCCUGCUGGCCGACGAGGUGGACGUGCUGAGUAGGACGCUGCGGCAGCCCGGGGCCGGGCCUCUGCAGGCCGGCUUCACGGAGCUGGACCAGAGUCGGAUGUACUUCCAGGUGCACGGCCCCCACGACACCCCGGCCCCGCCCGAGUUCCUCUCUUCCUCCUUCCCCUUCUCUCCGGUCGGCAAUCUGUGCAGACGAAGCAUUUUAGGAACACCGUUAAGCAAAUUUCUAAGUGGGGCCAAAAUAUGGUUAUCUACUGAGACACUAGCCAAUGAAGACUGAAAUGGAGCAUUUUCUGAACGUUUUAGGGGAAGCUACCAACGUUUUUCCUCUGGAUUAAAUCGCAAACCUAGGCAUUGGAAGCUCUAAUAAUUUCAUAUGUAAGAGUAACUGUUGAAAUUUGCACUAAUGUUUAAAAACAUGCUGAAUUAUGCUCCCUUCAUGAUAUUUUUAGAAGAUAAUCAUAAGUUUUGUUUUUGAUGCCCUCUUUCUGUCAUUUUAGGUUCUGGCUCAUUUUUAGGUCAUUGGCAGGCAGGCAGACAUUCCCCCCCCCCAUUCUUAUUACUGUGAUCAAACUAGUCAGGUUUUGUCUGCAACAUUUAUUUUGUCUGCAUCCAUGUUUCCUAGCACCUGAUUAGCAACCCUCAGCAGCAGGUGUCAGGAAAGUUUAGAAAUCAGUGUUUUGUAUCUUUUUUAAAGCAUCGAUAAACCUCCCAACAGGUGCUGGUAGGUAUUCGUGUGCUUUUCUGGUCACUUUCUAUGAUUUCUAAUUGAACUCCCUUGAGGGUUCAGUGUUCCAACACCAUAAUUUAUUGUAGGUCACUUUGUUUGGGACCGUACAUCACUGUGUCUUAAAAUCAUGAGUUUGCUUUUAACUUCUUAGGACUAACUUUAAAACAAUAUGCACUGUUAACUUUAAAAGCAUUUGCUGUAGAUAAUAUAAUUAAACUUAGAAGUGCCUUUGACGUUAAUAUUAAGGUAUGAAUAACAGUAAAAUAGAAUUUGUUUUUAAAAUUAGGGAGUUAAAAUCCCACUGCGUAUUAGAAACAGGCUUUUCACAUUAAGCUUCAUACAGAUAGCCAGGAGUCCCCAAAGCCAUAUUUCCAUCCCUUUGAAAGUCACUGAGGACACCAGCAGGCCUGCGGGGUGGCCGCUGUCCGUGGUGCCAGGAGUGGCGGGGCGACUGCUGACUGCACUGAGCCCAUCCUCAAAACCAGAGGGCUCCCCCUCAGUAUAUGCAGGGUGUGAACCAUUGUUAGCAUGUUCCCUGGGAAGUGACUUAUGAGGUCAUGAGUCAGGUCACCUGCACUGAAGUCCCUCCUCCCUCAAAGGUUUGAAUGCUUAGGAAUAGAGAACGAAAGAAAUAAAAAUGUAAUUCUCAAAAUCCUGCCAUGUUAAUAUACAGCGAGAGCCGCCCUUCCCCGACUCCUGGCAGCCAUGUUCACAGGAGGCUGGAAGCAGGCAGCUGUGCUCUUGGUCUAAAGCGCUUGUUUUCCAGUCGUGUGACGUGAGCCUCGCCAAGCUGUGUGUGGGAUCAGAGCUGACGCUUAUGGUGGCGGGGACGUUUAGCACCAUCCCCGUCGCCCUGCCCCACCCCCCGCACACACAUACUCAUUCCCUGUUGAAAAGAUGUUUUCCAAUUUGGCGAUUUCGUUUCUUAAACUGCCAUCUUAAGCUUUAAAAAAUUUUUAUAGUGAAGUGUCUAGUUAGCUUAUCUCCUUUUCUAAAACAGGUUUUUUCAAAAGUGUGUUUUACCUUUAUAUGGAAUGAAUAGCUGUUUCUAUUUGAAUUAUUUGCCUUUUUUAAAAUUGUUAAUGUCUGUGGAUUUAAAGGGAUGGAAAUUCCUAUAUGGUGUCUUAGAAAAUGCAUCUUGUGGGUAAACCCAGUAUUUUUGCCAACUUGCCUAGAAAAUAAGGGCUUUUUUUCAGUUUAUAUAAAGAGUACCAUUGCCAUUAAGCGUUUUAUAGUCUUUGAUUGGAAACCAGUCCCAAUCCCCCUAAAACACCACAGCAUGUCCUGCCAUUGAAAGUAAUAAUUCUCCCUUUUUCAUUAAGCUGCUUUUUUAUUACAAAUUGUUUUAAAUUUGUUACCCUGGGGGGGGAGGGUCAUGAGCAUUUAUUUCUCUAUAAUUUUCUUCCUUCACACAUUUAUUUCAACUUCUUUAGUAAUUAUUUUAAUUUACAAGUUUAAAAACAAUUAGGUACUAUUAAUACUGUUUUAAAAUAGAAAAUGUGCAUAUUUUUGUAUGAUAAUCAAAUGGAGUAAAAUACGGUUUUUCGUUUUCUUUUUGCUGGACAGUUGUAUCAUGAUUAUUGUGCCGUUUAUCACGCAUAAUAUGAAGAACAACUCCAACAGCCUUAAGUCCUGGCCACUGCACAGCUCCCUGGCCCUCUCCUAGCAACAGGGUGACACAGUGACGGAGUCCGGAGUGUGACCCUGUGCCACCCGGCUGUCACCCACCUUGGACUUACCAGUAUUGAACCUAAAGAUGUACAAUGUCUUACUGUUGUUUUGUGACGGGAGCCAAUUUAAAACCAAAAAUGUCUUAACUUUGUUUAAAUAUAUUAAUUUGUGCUGACAAAGGGUGAAAACGAUUCUGUAUGUCAACAGAAGCUGCUUGCUGAAGCGGCGACCUCAGCUCGUUCAAAGCUGACCUUGAGAGGAAACCAAGGCCUCUGUGCCUGAGGUCGGCGUGCGCUCCAGUAGGAUGAGCGGGAGGCUGAGGGGCCUUGUUCAGCAGGAAUGAAUGUGAAGAGCAUUCGGAGCGCUCAAUAAAAGCCCCACAGAACCGUU